AUGCAGAGAUGAUGGCGCAGUGUAAUAUGUUUCUAGAGUAAAGGGCGAAUUCACAGCCAUCGUUUUCGUCUGGAGGUCUUUGGCUUCGUGUUGAGUUUAAUAUUACACGCAUAGCUUCUGUAGUUCAUUCCGUUCCCGAUCAGAUCAGACACAGUACAGGAGCCGCAAUGCUGCAGAACACAGGGAAGCUGGCAGGAUAUACCAUCUUCAUUACCGGAGCGAGUCGAGGUAUUGGCAAGGCCAUUGCUCUCAAAGCUGCGCGGGACGGAGCCAAUGUGGUCAUCGCUGCCAAAACCGCUGAUCCUCACCCCAAACUGCCGGGCACCAUCUACACAGCUGCUGCAGAGAGUGAGCGCAGGACUCGGUUGCUCUUACUUACCUUUAUAAUUGGACACCACAGAGCAAAAUUCAAAAUUGAAGCUGCCGGAGGCAAACCACUGCCGUGCAUCGUAGACGUCCGUGAUGAGAAGCAGAUCAAUGAUGCCGUGAAACAAGCUGUGGAGAAAUUUGGAGGGAUCGACAUAUUGGUCAACAAUGCCAGUGCUAUCAAUUUAACAGGAACUCUGGAAACUCCAAUGAAGAAAGUCGACCUUAUGCUUGGCAUCAAUCUCAGGGGAACGUACCUGACGUCUAAACUGUGCAUUCCACAUCUUCUGAAGAGCAAGAACCCUCACAUACUUAACCUCAGCCCACCUCUAAACCUCAAUCCCAUCUGGUUCAAAAACCACACGGCGUACACCAUGGCAAAGUAUGGCAUGUCCAUGUGUGUGCUUGGAAUGGCCGAAGAGUUCAGGGGAUCUAUCGCCGUUAAUGCCUUAUGGCCCAAGACAGCCAUCCAGACGACAAUAAUGGACGUGUUGGGUGGUUCUGGGAUUGAUAAACAGUGCAGGAAGGUGGAGAUCAUGGCUGAUGCUGCCUACGCCAUCUUUAAACAACCCACCAGCUUCACGGGACAGUUUGUCAUUGAUGAGGACAUUCUCAAAAAGGAGGGCAUUAAAGACUUUAAUGUGUAUGCUGUUGAGCCAGAUCAUCCAUUGCUUCCUGACUUGUUCUUGGGUCAAAAGCCAGAGGGUCUAGCCAGGCAAAUGGAGGAGCAUGGUGCCACUCCAGCUUUCAAAAGUGCAGAUUCUGCCGCCACGGGACCUGUUUCUGACUUGUUCAACACAAUCAGAGGAAUUCUCAGUCCAGAUGUAGUGAAAAACACACAAGGAGUGUACAGAUUCGAUUUAUCAGGUGAUCAUGCUGGAGUCUGGUACAUUGAUCUGAAGAAUGAUGCAGGAAGUGCUGGCAGCGGGGAACCACCUGUCAAAGCUGAUGUCGUCAUGACGUUGGACAGUUCAGAUUUCAUCAAGAUGUUCGAAGGGAAAUUAAAGCCCACUAUGGCGUUCAUGUCUGGAAAGCUGAAGAUUAAGGGUGACAUGGGGCUUGCCAUGAAAUUGGACAAGAUGAUGGGCAUGAUAAAGCCUAAGCUGUGAUAUGAUCACUCACUCUACCAUCUCCUGCCUUACAUGACAUGAUGUGCAUGAUCUCUUUUCUGAAACACUGCGUUAAACCAUUAAUCAUUUGCAUUAAACCAUUCUCCUGAUGCUAAUUUUAAUAGAGGAUUUUCCUUCAGUUACAUUUUCUUCAAAGCAUGUUCUUUAAUUGUAUACUUUGGGUUAUACUUAGUGCAACUGCCACUGGUUUUAAAAAACAUGAUUUUUAACCAUCUCCACAGUAUAAUUAAAGAAUGUAUUCAUUAACUUUAUUGGCUUUGAUUUUCUGCUGUGUCAGAACAAGCAUUUGAUGCUUACAUAGUAUGAUGCUAUAUAGUAAAAUGUAUUUUUGCUUGACUUUUGCUAAUAAAAACAGUUUCAAAUUA